GCAACCAUUUGUGGAAGUGUUUUGAAAUCAAAGAUUUGGGACAUUUUGAGGUUUUUUUUCCAUCUGUAUUUCCUGAGAUGGAUUCUGAUGCCGGCUCCAGCUGCAGUCGCUCCUCGUCUCCAGACCUGAUUGUCGAUGACAACAUGGGAAGUUUCUUCUCGAACAAGAUGUUCCAUGCCUACUGCCGUGAGGAGGGGGCUGCCAGGGCAGCCAUCCAGGGCAGGAUGGAGCACCCUGGGGGAGGCAAGAUGAAAGGUCAGGGUGAACUCCCGAAAGAAGAAGGCCAGGACCUGCGCCUGAAAGUCAACAGUCGAGAGAGGAAGAGGAUGCACGACCUGAACCAGGCCAUGGACGGCCUGCGGGAGGUCAUGCCCUACGCUCAGGGCCCCUCCGUCCGCAAGCUGUCUAAGAUCUCCACCCUGAUGCUGGCCCGCAACUACAUCCUCAUGCUGUCGAGCUCUCUGGAAGAAAUGAAGAAGCUGGUGGGCGACGUCUACGGAGGCAGCGCCGCUCAGAGCCGAUCAAGCAGGGUUAACCCCUCCGCCCCGGCCCCGGGCACCCAUCUCCCCCUCCACCCCCUGGCCCAGUCUCUUCACUCCCUGGUGGGCAGCACGGCCUCUGCUCUUCAGCACCCCUCGCCUGGCAUAGCGUUGGCCCCACACUCGCCCCCCUCCGCCACCUACCUGGGCUUCCAUGCGCCCGUCCAGAGCCUACUGAAAGACCCUCUGCACCUGACCAGCUCCUACAGGCACUUCCCGGGCAUGCCCUGCCCCUGCUCGCUGUGCCAGCCUCUGCCCACUACCACCUCAACCCUGCACAGCUUGUCCAUGGGAAGAUGAGACACUGGACUGAACUAGGCCCCAUCAAGGACUGGGCCUGUUGUUUAACUAUGAAACAAACUCAUGAACUUCCUAGCACAAGGAUUUGUAAAUGUAUUGUAUAUAUAUUCAGUUAAGUAUGUUGCUGCUAUUUUUAUGAAUGAUAUGUGCAUUUGUCAAUACUGCGGCAAAGAU